CAGGAUCAAGGUGAAAAAGAAAACCCCAUGCGGGAACUUCGCAUCCGCAAGCUCUGCCUCAACAUCUGCGUUGGGGAGAGUGGAGACAGACUGACCCGGGCAGCCAAGGUGCUGGAGCAGCUCACAGGCCAGACUCCUGUGUCCAAAGCUAGAUACACCGUCAGAUCCUUUGGCAUCAGGAGAAAUGAAAAGAUUGCCGUCCACUGCACAGUCCGUGGGGCCAAGGCAGAAGAAAUACUUGAGAAAGGUCUAAAGGUGCGAGAGUACGAGUUAAGAAAAAAUAACUUCUCGGAUACUGGAAACUUUGGUUUUGGGAUCCAAGAACACAUCGAUCUGGGGAUCAAAUAUGACCCAAGCAUUGGUAUCUACGGCCUGGACUUCUACGUGGUGCUGGGUAGGCCAGGUUUCAGCAUCGCAGACAAGAAGCGCAGGACAGGCUGCAUUGGGGCCAAACACAGAAUCAGCAAAGAGGAGGCCAUGCGCUGGUUCCAGCAGAAGUAUGAUGGGAUCAUCCUUCCUGGCAAAUAAAUUCCCGUUUCUAUUCAAAAGGCUAAUAAAAAGUUUUCAUUGAAA